UACAACAUUACUCGUUCUGUAGUUUCACUUCAAAGUUGUAUUCCGUCGAAUACAGUCGAAAAAGUCUCAAUUUAUCCGAUAUAUAUAUAAAAGUAAAAACAUGUUCCGUACUUCCAGAUCAAUUUCGUUUCUGUUGCUCGUUGUAUGGACGUGCCUGCUUGCAGUGACGGCAUUCGUGUCCACGGCUCCAAGGCUCGCAACAACCAGCAGCAGCACUUCUCUCUUUGCUGUCAGCAGCCUCGUUCGAAAAGCAAAGGAAGCCGAGCUGAAAAAGGGUCUCAAAGAAAACGGAAUCCCCGACGACGUCAUGGAAAACUACAAAGUUAUUCAGGAGGCGUUGAAAAGCGACGAUGCUGCUGCUCCAAAAGAGAUGGGUCCCCUCCAAGACAGGCUUACGAGACGCAAGGGAACCAUCACGGUGAUUGCCGAAUACAAGCGCAAAAUUGCCGACGGGGCCAAUGGGUACAUCAAUGUCAACGGGGGCACCGACGACGAUGCCGACGACKCCGAAAAACGAAAGCAAAACCUCGCCGCCAACCAACCCAAMUUGCUGAGCAGUGAAUUCCGAGAAUUCGGUGCCGCGGGAAUCGCCGUCCUGGCCGACGGCCGAAUGGGCGGGUGYACCUACGACGACAUUGCUACCUUUGUCGAGGAGCAGCGCCGUGCGAGCAACGAGGUUCCCGGGCCUGUUCCGGUCAUCAACAGCGACGUGAUUAUCGACGAGGUACAGAUCGCCCAAACGGCGGCCGUCGGGGCCAAAGCGGUGGUCCUCGACUGGGAGCUGUUGGGUGGCGAAGAGGAUGUCGUCAAGCUUGCCAAGGCCGCACGGGCUCUCGAUCUCGAGGUCAUUGUUGCUGUUCGAUCGAAGGAAGAAAGCCAGGGUGCAAUCGAUGCCGUUGGUGGAUCCUUCAUGAUCAGUGUCGUCGGAAAACCAACUUGYGAUGAAAAGGUAGAGGUAGUCGAUGGCCUCGACAUACCGGAAGACGUGACCAUUACCACCAUUGCCAACAUUUUGCACCGCUCCGACCAGGGUCUGGCCGAGGUCGAAGAGUGCUGGAUGUGCCGCGACAAGGGUUUCAACGCCGCCUGGAUUUCCGAUGCCCUGUACAAGGCCGGAAAUUCCGAGGUCGAACACCCCGGUGCCAUCAUCCGCAGCAUGGCGGCAAAAUCGAGCGUCCGAUGGGCGUCCCCUGUUGCCAAGAGCGGACGCGGAGAGGGUGCCAAGGAAUACCUGGGUGAUAUUCUGAUGUAGGUAGUCAAAUUCUCGCAAUAUAUCGUGAAAAAACUAAUUACGCACCA